CCAUCGGGCGGACUUGAGCGCACAGGCAGCAGGCUGAGGGAAAAGCGACUCCUUGAAAGGCUCCUCGACGCGCAAUUAUGGUUUGGUGAAUUCGACCUGGAGCUGGAGGAUUUUUGCGUCGCCAGGUGACCAAAUUUGGUACAAUUACUUGGAGCUGUUGUUUUUCUCACAAGCACAAAGAGAAAACAAAAGCCAGCUAAUCCGAGCACUACUCAGAGGGAAGCAAACUCCUGCACAAGCAUGGCAGACCACAAAGACAACAUAGAUGACUUCAAAGUCCAGACGGCGAAGCAUCCCAACAUGAGCUCGGCCCCUUUACGGCCGCAUAGCGACACACAGUCCAAAGACCGGACCUCCAAAAGGCUUUCAACCGAGUCAAACGGGACCAGCGACGGAGGUGUGGGCUCGUCCACGCCGGUGGAGGUGACCGCCUUGGAGGAGUCGUUUCGACGCUUCGCCAUCCACGGUGACACUCGCGCCACUGGCAAGGACAUGCACGGCAAGAACUGGUCCAAACUGUGCAAGGACUGUGGCGUGAUCGACGGCAAGAACAUCACCCUCACUGACGUGGACAUCGUCUUCAGCAAAGUCAAGAAGAAAUCCUGCCGCACCAUCACUUUUGACGAGUUCAAGAUGGCGCUGGGGGAGCUGGCCAGGAAGAAGUAUAAAGAGAAGAGCGGAGAGGAGGCCGAGGCCGAGGUCUUCAAGCUGAUCGAGGGGAAGGCGCCGAUCAUCGCGGGAGUCACAAGAGCCGUGGCUUCCCCGACAGUGAGCCGUCUCACGGACACCACCAAGUUUACAGGAUCGCACAAGGAGCGUUUCGACGACACCGGCCGCGGGAAGGGUAAGGCGGGCCGAGUAGACGUAGUUGACACUUCAGGAUACGUCUCGGGAUACAAACAUCAAGGGUCCUACGAGAAGAAAGUGAACAAACCCACCGCGGGCAGACCCAUGUGAGGCGCGUAGGUCAGGAGAUAAACAUUUGACUUAGGAUGAUUUUCUAUUUAAAAAAAGAAGAAAAAAAAAAGAGUACUCCUAGAAAGCACAAAAGAAUAGGAUUUCAUAUAUUUUUCCCACCCAUCUAUUUUGUGUGUAUGUGAGAGAGAGAUGUUUUUGAGUUCCUCUCUUUGUGAAGUGUGAGAACUGGAAAACUGUUUACAUCUAUUUUUACAAAGUUCAUCACCAGCUGGUACAUUCCCGUCUGAUAGCGAUUUACUGCCAAACACUGAGGAGAACAAACGAGAGAAACCGCUCCGCUAUGAAUAUUGAAGCUUUGUUGUUACGAUAGGGCCUUACAAUAAAUAUAGAGCACAAUGAACACAAUGCCAAGAAAAACAAAAGUGGGACAACAGGACGAUGAAUUCUCAAUAUUGCACUUUUUAAUGGAAAUUCCCACAUAAAGCCGUAUUUUAAAUUUGUUUUGCAGUUUCAAAGAUAAUUGGCACACAUUUUGACAUAUAAUGAUAUCAUUGAUGUUUAUUUCCUUUGAAAACUUACAUUGUGGACUCCACCUUCAGUGUUAAUUGUUUGUCUGCCAUCUGCUCUUGUCAACUGUUGAGUCUUUAUAAAAUCUGCUGUUUGUCUUUUUAAUUAAUUUAUAAGCUCACACUGUCAUUUGAAUAAUUUGCCUUCAGCUCAGACCAAUAAAACACACUAAGGUUUUUUUUGUCAAAUCUGUUCAAAAGUAGUUUUUGACUCGUGUCAUAUCUUUUUGCUUUUGUGAAUAUUUAAAACAUUUAAAGCAAAAGUCCUCCUGUGCAAAUCUCAAUGGAUCUGAUCAUAACUCUUAAGCAAAAUCUAUUUUCUCUUAAACUAUCAUUUCCCAGAGUCUAAUUUUACACAGUCCAUUUUCCUAACAUGCAUUUUGAGCACUAAAUUGGUGAAUUAAGCUGAAAUCAGAAGCUCUAACCACAGUAGAUGAGCUCAGUUGUACAAGAUUGUAUUUUUAACAUUUUAUUGUUUCGUCAUCAGAUUUAUAUACAGUAGUUCUAAUAUAUUUGUGGUAAGAUUGUGUAUAUUCUAAAAAGUUUCAGCCACAUGGCUCAAUUUAAGACACUGGCUUCAUGUUUUUAUUUUUUUCUGUAUUGCUGUACUUUGUGCAUGUUGUAUAUAUUGCAUUUGAUUCAGAAGCAUAUAGAAGACAGUAGGAGUUUGUCAUUAUCUUUUAUCGGAACUGCCGUGCCUGCUGUGAGGACAGACUACUGGACAGACAUCAAUAUUUGUCCCCUAAAAAACAUUAAGUGAUGAAAUUGUGGGAUCAUGACGAAAUCUUGUAUUGCUUGAAAUCAAUAUGUAUCAACUUGUACGUGUACAAAGUCAGCUUUCCUCUAAUGCUGUUAAUAUUUGUCUGUUGAUGAAGAUUUAGAGUACUUCUUUCGUGUGGUACUGUCAUCCAAGGCACAAAUUUAACAAAAAAAAAAAAAAAAUCCAGGGUUUUAAUGUUUCCUUAUAUACGCUAUCGGAUAAAGGGAAAAUUGCAAACAAGUAAUAUACUUUUGUAGAAUAUUUUUCCAAAAAUAAUGACAGUUUGAUGUCACUACUACUACCUGUAGCCUCAGCUGAUGAAGAAUCAUGCAUCAAGUGCAAAACUAGCAGCUAUCAGUGUGUUAGUUUUCGUCCGCUGCAGUAGCUUUUGAUCUGUUUUCUGUGCUUAAUGCCAAAUACUGUGCACCUUUAAUGUGGAAGAACAAUACUGUCUUUUUUUCAAAUAACUCUUAAUGUACUAUUGUGCCCCAGUGCAUGCAGUGUGCUAUUUCUUUUUUUGUUCUUUAGGUCUCUUAAAAGUGUGUUCAUGAUUUGUAGUGCAUUAUUGAAAAUAAAAUAAAAAAAAUCUCUAGAAACUCCACUGAGGAGGUUCUGGGUUAUCUGUCAAAACA